AUGCUGAGAUGGUCCCUCGAGCUUUCGGAAUUCGACGUACAGUAUGAGAGCAGGAAGGCACUAAAAGCACAGGCACUGGCGGAAUUCGUAGCCGAGAUGACCUCUAUCGCCGACUCGCCCGACAUGACCAAGGACAAAUGGACCAUCUACGUAGAUGGCGCCUCGAGCAGCUCGGGCAGCAGGGCAGGCAUUAUCUUGGAAAACGACGAGGGACUUAUCAUAGAAAUAUCCUUAGUCCUAUCUUUCAACACAUCGAACAACCAGGCCGAGUACGAAGCCCUCCUCGCAGGCCUGAGACUCGCCGAGGACGUAGGCGCACGAGAGAUCAAGAUCUAUACGGAUUCCCAACUCGUCGCAUCCCACGUCAGCGGCGACUACCAGGCCAAAAACGACAUACUCGCCGAAUAUCUCGCGCUCGUCAAGGACAAGAUGAAAAAAUUCGCCAAAGCAGAAGUCGAGCAUAUUCCCCGAGAGCACAACUCGCGCGCGACAUACUAUCCAAACUUGCGAGCACGAGAAAGAAAGGGGGAAACAAAUCAGUUAUCCAAGAAAUUCUGCCCAGGCCAAGUAUAG